UUUACUGCGCGAGCCUGAGGAAGACAGGCGCAACUAAGCCAACAUGCCCGUUGCCAGGAGUUGGGUUUGUCGCAAGACUUACGUCACCCCUCGUCGUCCCUUCGAGAAGUCCCGCCUCGACCAGGAGUUGAAACUUAUUGGCGAGUAUGGUCUGAGGAACAAACGUGAGGUAUGGAGGGUCAAGUUCACAUUGGCCAAGAUCCGUAAGGCUGCCAGAGAGCUGCUUACUCUGGACGAGAAGGAUCCCAAACGUCUGUUUGAAGGUAAUGCCCUGUUGAGGCGUCUGGUGAGGAUUGGCGUGUUGGACGAGGGCAAGAUGAAGCUGGAUUACAUCCUGGGUCUGAAGGUUGAGGAUUUCCUGGAGAGGAGGCUGCAGACACAGGUCUUCAAGCUUGGUCUUGCCAAGAGCAUCCACCAUGCUCGUGUCCUUAUCCGCCAGAGGCACAUCCGUGUGCGCAAGCAGGUGGUGAACAUCCCCUCAUUCGUGGUUCGCCUGGACAGCCAGAAACACAUUGACUUCUCACUGAGGUCACCUUACGGCGGUGGACGCCCAGGCCGCGUCAAGAGAAAGAACGCCAAGAAGGGCCAGGCUGGAGCUGGAGGAGCUGAUGACGAGGAGGAGGAUUAAGAAGGUUGUCCUCCAGGGGGCGUUUUCCAAUGCUUCCUGAUCCUUCAGAUUUUCAAUAAAAAAAAAAGACUCAUUUGACCAGAAA